UUUCCUUUUGGACUCUUUUAGAAGAUUCAACAAUAGGACCUGUCUCUCUCCACUUUCCCUUCGUCCCAGAAAGCAGAGUCUGCACAGCGCCUUUGUAAAGUUCCUUAAGGGAGCAGUCCUCACAGCCAAAAUGAAUCCCAAGGAAGAAAAAGUGAAAAUAAUUACAGGGGAGUUCAUUGAAAAUGACGAGGAUGCAGAUGUGGGAAGACAGAAGAAGACCUCCAAGGUUCAAAGACAAAAAAGAAAGAAACAGCUGCUGACCGCUGGCCCCCAGGAAAUGGUGUCUGAAAAGGCCCAUCUUGGCAGCCAGCAGGAGCCGGGGCAGCAAGAUCCAGACACCGACACUCGCCUCCUGAGCAUGCCGACCCGACGAGGCCCACGGAGCUUACCUCCAAUUCCUUCAGCUUCCAGAACAGGCUUUGCAGAAUUUUCCAUGAGGGAACGCAUGAGGGAGAAAUUACAAGCUGCACGGUCCAAAGCAGAAAGUGCAUUGCUGCAGGAAGUUCCCACCCCUCAGCCCAGGCGCUUACGAAGCCCCAGUGAAAAAGAAGUGGAGACUGAAUUUGGCGCAGAGCCAAGCAGAGAGAUACAAAGGACUCAACAAGAAGACGACUCCCAAAGUUAUUCAAGAGUAAAGUUCCGUGAUUCUGUACGAAAAAUCAAGUCUAAACCCCCGGUUCCGCCUGGCUUCCCUUCUGCCGAAGAAGCCUACAACUUCUUUACUUUCAACUUUGAUCUCGAACCAGAGGAAUCAGAGGAAAAAACAAAAGCAAAAAAUAGAGAUGGAGCUCAUCAAGAGGAGGAGGAGGGAGAGGAAGAAGAACCACGUGUGCAAGAAGGAGUAAACAAAACGGAUGAGGAAGAGCUUGAUGGUAAAGAUGCCAUGGAUUUCCUCUUGGGCUUAGAUCGAGGGGCUGAAGAUACCGUGGCAGUCAGACCCGCAGACUAUGAAAGCGUCCAUGUUCGGCUGCAGAUGGAAAAAGAGCUCCUGUUCAUACCCAGUAGGAGGACAGUGCCUAUGUAUAAAAAGCUUCCGGAGAAUGCGCAGCCCAGAUUCCUGGAAGACGAAGGCCUUUACAUCGGGGCAAGACCCGAGGUGCCGUGCACCAACCAGAACAUCAUGGAGAACAGAUUGCUGACACAGGAUCCCGGGAGAGGGUGGUUCGGAGAUGAUGGCAGAAUCCUGGCACUGCCAAACCCUAUCAAGCCCUUUCCUUCAAGACCACCAGUGUUGACACAGGAGCAAGACAUUAAGACAGAACUUGAAACAUUAUAUAAAAAGGCAGUAAAAUAUGUGUACAGUAGUCAGCAUAUGAUUGGAUAUGGAGACCCUCCUGGAAGCUUCCAACUGGAUAUCGAUAUUUCAGGGUUAAUCUUCACUCAUCAUCCCUGUUUUAGCCGAGAGCAUGUUUUGGCAGCCAAGCUGGCCCAAUUAUACGACCAAUACCUUGCAAGACGCCAGAGAAACAAGGCAAAAUUUCUCACUGAUAAGCUUCACGCUCUAAGAAAUGCUGUUCAGAUGAGCCUUAAUCCAGCAAAAACUCCUAAGUCUCUUAAUACAACACGGAAAGCUAUCAAUGAAUAUAAAUCUGAAAUCCGGCAAACAAGAAAACUACGUGACACUGAACAAGAAAAAGAUCGAACAUUGCUGAAGACCAUCAUAAAAGUUUGGAAAGAGAUGAAAUCCCUUCGAGAGUUCCAGAGGUUUACGAAUACACCCUUGAAACUUGUUUUGAGAAAGGAAAAAGUGGACCAGAAAGCAGAUGAAGAGGCAUAUGAAGCAGAAAUUCAAGCUGAAAUAAGUGAAUUGUUGGAAGAACACAGGGAAGAGUAUGAACAGAGGAUGGACGGAUACAGAAGCGCCCACCAGCAGUGGAAAGCCUGCAAGAAAGCCCAAAGGGCCAAGAAAAAGAGAAAGAAACAAGCAGUCGAAGAACAUUCCGAUGAGGAGAUGGAGGAGCCAUAUCCCGGGGAGGAUCCUGUAAAACCUGUCCCUCCAGAGCCCACCGAUCGGGCAGUAAUAGAGCGACAGGUGAGGGAGAGAGCAGCCCAGAGCAGGAGGAGGCCUGGGGAGCCCAUGCUGGUCCCAGAGCUGAGCCUGGCGGGGAGCGUGACGCCCAACGACCAGUGUCCCAGGGUGGAGGUCUCGCGAAGGGAGGAUGUCAAGAGGCGCUCAGUGUAUUUGAAGGUGCUCUUCAACGACAAGGAAGUGUCCCGGACUGACAGUCGGCCACUCGGGGCAGACUUCCGAGUCCACUUUGGACAGAUUUUCAAUUUGCAAAUAUUCAACUGGCCAGAGAGUUUAACACUGCAGGUAUAUGAAACAGUUGGACACAGUGGUACAACCUUGCUAGCAGAGGUGUUUCUGCCUGUUCCUGAAACUACUAUUGUCACUGGAAGGGCUCCCCUUGAAGAAAUAGAGUUUAGCAGUAACCAGCAUGUGACACUGGACCACGAGGGAGUUGGAAGUGGAGUGCCCUUCUCAUUUGAAGCUGACGGUAGUAAUCAACUGAUUCUAAUGACCUCAGGAAAAGUGUCCAACAGUGUGUCAUGGGCCACUGGAGAAAAUGGGAUACCUUUAAUUCCUCCAUUGUCACAGCAGAACAUUGGAUUUAGGAGCGCUUUGAAGAGAGCAGAUGCCAUCUCAUCUAUUGGCACGUCAGGACUGACGGACAUGAAAAAGUUGGCCAAGUGGGCAGCAGAGUCCAAGCUUGAUCCAAAUGACCCCAACAAUGCCCCUUUGAUGCAGCUAAUCUUGGUUGCUACCAGUGGUGAGUCCUAUGUUCCCGAUUUCUUUCGACUGGAACAGCUGCAACAGGAAUUUAACUUUGUUUCGGAUGAGGAAUUAAAUAGAUCCAGACGAUUCCGGCUUCUUUGUCUUAGAAGCCAAGAGGUGCCAGAAUUCCGAAAUUAUAAGCAAAUUCCAGUAUAUGACCGAGAAAUUAUGGAAAAGGUAUUCCAGGACUAUGAGAAACGAUUGCAAGACAGAAACGUAAUUGAAACCAAGGACCAUAUAGAUACCCAUAGGGCCACAGUAGCCAAGUACCUCCAGCAGGUUAGAGAAUCAGUGAUAAAUCAUUUCCUAAUUGCAAAACACCAUUUUCUUCUUGCUGAUUUGAUAGUAGAAGAAGAAGUUCCCAAUAUCAGCAUUUUGGGCCUAAGGCUUUUCAAGUUGGCAGAACAAAAGCGACCACUGAGGCCAAGGAGAAAAGGUCGGAAGAAAGUGACAGCCCAAAACCUGUCCGAUGGAGACAUAAAGCUGCUGGUGAACAUUAUCCGGGCUUACGACAUUCCAGUGAGGAAGCCAACGGCAAGCAAAUUCCAGCAGCCAUCGAGAUCUUCAAGGAAUUUCAGUGAAAAGCAUGCUGCUUCUCCAACCACACACAGCCCAACCCACAGUGCUGACUACCCCCUUGGCCAGGUUUUAGUACGUCCUUUUGUAGAAGUUUCUUUUCAACGAACCAUUUGCCAUACAACUACGGCUGAAGGACCAAACCCUAGCUGGAAUGAAGAACUUGAACUUCCAUUUAAGGCCCCUAACGGGGAUUACAGCACGACGAGUUUGCAGUCAGUGAAAGACGAUGUGUUCAUUAACAUUUUUGAUGAAGUACUAUACGAUGUCUUAGAGGAUGACCGUGAAAGAGGAAGUGGAAUCCACACCCGUAUUGAGAGACACUGGUUGGGAUGUGUGAAAAUUCCAUUUAGCACAAUAUAUUUCCAAGCAAAGAUUGAUGGAACAUUUAAAAUAGAUAUUCCCCCAGUUCUUCUGGGCUACAGUAAGGAGCGGAGUGUGAUUGUUGAGCGGGGUUUUGACUCUGUCCGAAGCCUAAGCGAAGGCUCCUACAUCACCCUAUUCAUCACCAUGGAGCCUCAGCUGGUUCCUGGGGAGUCAGUUCGAGAAAAGUUUGAUUCUCAGGAAGAUGAGAAAUUGCUUCAAGCCACAGAGAAGUUUCAAGCUGAAUGUGCCUUAAAGUUUCCAAAUCGUCAGUGCCUUACAACAGUGAUUGACAUAAGUGGGAAAACCGUCUUUAUUACUCGUUACCUCAAGCCUUUAAACCCCCCUCAGGAGCUCCUUAGUGCCUACCCCAAUAACCCACAGGCAACAGCAGAACUGGUGGCUCGAUACGUGUCAUUGAUUCCUUUCUUGCCUGACACUGUUUCAUUUGCUGGCCUCUGUGACCUGUGGAGCACAUCUGAUCAAUUUCUUGAUCUCCUGGCAGGAGACGAAGAGGAGCACGCAGUAUUACUAUGUAAUUAUUUUCUCUCUCUGGGUAAAAAGGCCUGGCUCGUGAUGGGCAAUGCUAUUCCUGAGGGUCCCACUGCCUAUGUGCUAACUCGGGAGCAAAGUCACUAUUUAAUAUGGAAUCCCUGCAGUGGACAUUUUUAUGGACAAUUUGAUACAUUCUGUCCCUUAAAAAGUGUGGGCUGUUUAAUAGGCCCUGAUAAUAUUUGGUUUAACAUUCAACGAUAUGAUUCCCCGCUAAGGAUAAAUUUUGAUGUCACCAAGCCCAAGCUCUGGAAAUCAUUCUUUUCAAGAAGCCUUCCGUAUCCUGGCCUUUCCAGCGUUCAGCCAGAAGAGCUAGUUUACCAGCGCACAGACAAAACGGCUGCAGCUGAGCUACAAGACAGGAUUGAAAAAAUACUAAAAGAAAAAAUCAUGGACUGGAGGCCACGCCAUCUGACUCGAUGGAAUAGGUACUGCACCUCCACACUACGUCACUUCCUGCCUCUGUUAGAAAGAAGUCAAGGAGAAGAUGUAGAAGACGACCACAGGGCAGAACUGCUGAAACAGCUAGGAGACUACAGGUUCUCUGGAUUUCCCCUUCACAUGCCCUAUUCUGAACUGAAGCCUUUAAUUGAAGCUGUGUAUAGCACUGGAGUACAUAAUAUUGAUGUUCCUAAUGUCGAAUUUGCUUUAGCUGUAUAUAUCCACCCAUAUCCCAAAAACGUUUUGUCUGUUUGGAUCUAUGUUGCCUCCCUUAUACGUAACAGGUAAUUUUUCCAUUGUAUACUUUUUAUAUCAUGUAAAAACUAUAAUUAGGAUAUAAGAAUAUUUGUAAGUGAUAUUGGUCACAUAAGAAAAUAUUAUUUGCAAAUAAAAUUAUCAUUUUCAAACUGUGCAAAGUAUUUUUAUU